AUGCAAAGUGGUGAAACAAAUAUAAUACUACCUUUUGUUGAGGAAAAUGAAGUACAUGAUCAAAACAAUCAAGUUAUAUCACUAAAAAAAAAAAUAUUUAGAUCCAUACUAAUAGUCUCAACUAUAAUUCCUGUUGUAAUAGAAAUAUACUUUCUUAUACCAAAUUUAAACCUUUUAUUCUCUAAUAAACAGUGGAUAUAUGUCCCAGGUUUCCAUAAUUUUGAUUGGAAUGGUUCCAUGAAGAAUGGUAUAAUUUUACUACUUUCAGAUCCACAGAAGAACAUUAUAAACUUAGGCGAGGAUCAUAAAGAAAUAGAUCACUUUAAAAAUAAUAUUCUAAGAGAUUUGAAUAGAAAAAAAAAAAAUACAGAAAUACUAAACUCACAGAAUCUAAUGGGUAAUAUUCUAUAUAAAAAUGGAAGUAACUUGUUAAAAGAUAAAGAGAGUAAUGAAUUUUACAUAAACAGUACUUCAAUAAUGAUUCAUAAAAAUAAUAAUAUUAGAGAAGCAAUUUCUGGUGAUAUUAACAAUUUAAAUUUAUCUUUUAGUAGUAAUAUAGCAAAUAAUGUGUCAAUAUUAAAGUUUUCAAAAUUAGAAUGUGAUUGUCCAUUAAUAAGUAGUUAUUACAGUGACUCAAAUAAUUAUUCUAAUCAAACUAACUCAGACAAAUAUAAAGGAAAUCAAUAUAUUCCAAUUAAAAGUAAUGAAGAAAUUCAGUUAGGGGAAACUGAACAAAUAUGGGGAUAUUCAAGCAUAGUACGAGUAAAAAGUAUGAAUAUGUUAAAUACACCAUAUAUAAAUAAUACAAAUUUUUUAGUGAACAAUAAAUUAUUGAAUGAUUCAACUCAGACUGUGAGUCUAUUUAUUGAUUCAAAGAAUUGGCUUGUUACUCCUAUUACUGAAAUGAUCUUGGCCUUUAUAUUAAUAUGUGUAAGAUGGCUGGGUGUACUUUGUAAAGUGAUUAUAGAGUUUCUAACCUCAAUUAAGGUGAGUAUAAGAGGAAAUUAUUUGAAGACAUCUAGUAUGUUUCCAUUAAUAUAUAUAGGAUUUGCUUCAGCAUCUAUUUUAAUCAUUGGUGUACAGGGUCAAAAUUGUAUAACUUGGUGGUUUUUAGGUAGUAAUCCUCUAUUUAUAAUAUAUUCUCAAUGGUUUUCUUGGAUCAUAUAUAGUAUAGGGAUUUUGCUUUCUGUGAUCCAUUGGCUAAUAUACAAGUACCUAAACGUGUUAGAUAAAUACAAGUAUAUAAUUGAUCUAUUAGCAAUAUUUAGUUAUACAUCAUUUGGACUUAAUCUAAUGAUAUCUUUAUGCCUCUGUAUAUUAGGUUUAUUGAAACCAUGGAUUAUUAUGAUUUGGGUUACAGCACUAUACAUGGAAAUAGAAAAGAAUCUUCAAAAAUUCAUACAUCGAGACACAACUUUAAACAUGAGAAAUAAUUUUGAUACUAGAAAUACUAUAUGGAGCUAUUUAUUAUUUAGACCUAAUUUUAAUACAACUAAUCACCAAAGAGGAACUUUAGAGCUAGUAGAUAAUAAUAAUAAUAAUAAUGAUAGAGAAAGAUUUAUAGUUAUUCCUGUGAGUUCCACUUAUUUUAGGAUUCAUGAAGUUAAUCCAAAUAGUUGUAUUAUAAAAUUACCAUUUUGGGGUAAUAAUAAUAUACAAAAGGAUUAUACUAUAAAAGUUGAGUGUAAAGAACAAAUUGAAGUAAACUCUUUUUGUUUUUCCAAUCACCCAAGAAUAAGUAUAGAAACACCCUUUGAAAAUAAAAAAAGUAAAGAUAAUCAAAUUGAGCAUUCUGAAACUAAUAUAACUACAAAAAAGAGUGGAGAUACUCAAAUAAAUUAUAAAAUUACAUCAAAUAUAUCAAUAAAUGAUAAUGAAAAUAAAUCUCACCCAAAUUUUGAACAUGAAAUUAAUGAAUUUGAGACACAAUCUGGAAAUUGUUACUGUUCAAUAUGCUUUUUAGAAUGUUCUACUACAAAUAUAUUUUCACCUUGUGGCCAUGGUUGUGUUUGCCUACAAUGUUUGGGAGAUUAUAUUGCUCAUUCAGUUAAAAUGAGGCAGCAUCCUACUUGUCAUAUAUGCAGAGAACGAAUUUCUAAAAUUCUACGAAUUAGUUCAGAUAUAGAAGAUGGAAUAAAAAAGAAAUCUAAAGAUUCUAAUCAUAUGAAUAAUAAUAAUAAUAAUAAAGAUACAAUUCCAACUGGCUCUUCCCAUUCACAAGUAUAUAAUGUAGAAGUAGUUGCAGAAGUUAGUUCAACUGAUUAUCAGCUAGUAUCAAACAGCAAUAGUGAAGUAAAUAAUUAUGGUAAUAAUAAUCUCGGUAAUUCGAAUAGAAGCCCUUUUUUACGAGUAUUGUGUAGUGACUCGAUUUUAUGCUAUCAUCCUGAAAUACGUCAGCUCCUACAUCUACAUAACAAUACAUUAUCAAAUAGAAACCCUCAAGCUUCUUCAAUUACAAGAAGGGCUGCUUCAGUAUCAGUAACUUCUAUGGAAAGGUUAAGGUGUAGAUCUGCAUCAAGAUCUAGGCAGCAAAGAUCUAGAAGUAAUUAUAGAUCUUAUAACAUAAGAAAUAUAUCAGUACCUCCAAUAGUCACAAACCAAUAA